GUGUGUGUUGGGGUCUAUCAGGUGUCAGUGCCGGUGUUGCCCCAGGCCAGGCGGGCCGACCGCUGGUCUUGGGACCCGGAUGAGGAGCGAAAGCGUCAGGAAAGGUGGCAGCAAGGGCAGGAGCGCAUGCUGCAGGAGAAGUACCGCCGUGAGCAGGAGAAGCUGAAGGAGGAUUGGGAGAAGGCACAAAGGGAGGUGGCAGAGGAGGAGAGGAAGUACCAUGAGGAGGAGCGCAGGAUACUGGAGGAGACGGUGGCGCCUCUCACGCCCCGAUCCUCAGCGCUGCCGUCCCCCAGCCGCGGGGAGCUCUCCUCCACCUCUGAGCCCCAUGACACCAUCGUCCGUUCACUGGCCGACUGGGAACGCAAGCAAGAACUUCUGGAGAGGCAGUCGAGGGGGAGCACGGAGAGCGCGGAGGGGAAACGGCGAGAAAGCGACAGGACCAGUGACAUCAGCACUGCUGACGACAGCAUGAAAACCGGCAGAAGCUUGGUGAGUCACAGCAGCAGUCAGCCAGAAACGCUGGGUCACAGUCAGCAGAACGGACAGAAACCUCCCCCGGGGCUCAGACACUCAACUCCUGUGAAGAAACAACAGGAUCCAACGACAGACGGCAACAAGCCCGGCCAGCCCGCAGGAGAGAGGAG